UAUCAAAUCUAUAAUACGUCUGCUGCAGGUACCUCGGCUUUCAGCAUGUUUAGGAUCAUCAGACCUUUACAAGGACUAGCAGGAGUCAUGCGACCUGCAGAAAGAAGACUAGCAAUACUUUAUGCCCACCGAUUACCCACUGCUGACUGGAUCAGAACACUGGAGACGAAAAGCUCGAAUGGUUUUCCAGCGUAUGGAUGCCAAUGCCGAUGGGUACCUCACCAAAGAAGACUAUGUGUCUACUGCUCAGACCCUAAUAGAUCACCUGAGCCUUACUGGGGAAAAAGCUGAGCGCAUUUUAAAGGGACGCCUUGAACUCUGGGCAGCAAUUGCUGGAGACAAAACACGUCUCAGUGCAGAAGAACACUGGAGGAACAAUCUGGCAUUAUUGAAUGGAGUGUUUUUCCGACAAGAGAUGUACCGCACUUUAAUUUGUACGGAGUUCAGUACAAUGGAUAUUGAUGGUGAUGGGUUCAUAUCCAAGGACGAACAUGCUGCUUAUUAUUACAGUCUUGACAUUCCAACUGAAUGCUCCAAGGACGACUUUGAUAUAAUGGACACCAACGGAGAUGGCCUCGUGUCAAUUGACGAGUUUGCCGAAAGUUUUCUCGGGUUUUGGUUGACCGAAGAUUCAAAUAACAUCUACAACCAAAACUUCGGCCACUUGGUGAUUGAUCAGUGCGAUUAACAGGAACCAGAUCGAAUGUGAACCUUGUUGUUGAAUUGCGUAUUAUGUAUUGAUUUCUUGCUAUGAUUUACAUAAUUCUGCUUUCAUAUUUACAUCAGAAACGAAACAGAAAAUUUGUGGACCACACUUAGAAAUCGAAAUUUUUGAAAGAAUUGUAUGGGAUUUCAUAUCAAAAUUUUAAUAUUUGACUCACAGUCAAAUACAUCGAACCCAUUACAUUUCAUUUCACUUGUACAUGUAUCAAAGUACAAAAAGAAAUGUAAGAUUAGAUUUUUGCAGAU